AUGAGUUCUAGUCGUGAUGAUGACAGUUCAAGCGAUGAUGAAACUUCUGAGACCACCAACAACAAUCAGAGAAUGUACCAUAGGCAUACAAACGCCCAAAUUCAAAGACUUGAAGCGUACUUCAAGGAAUGUCCUCAUCCAGAUGAUGAGCAGCGACGUCAAUUAGGCGAGGAACUGCAAACGGAGAACAUGAAGAUAAGACGUGAAAAUGAAGCGAUACUAGAAGCGCUCAAGACUGUGACUUGCCCUCCAUGUGGUGGCCCUCGUCUUGGGAGAGAAGAACGAAAAAUUAGUGUCAGAAAUUUACGAGCACAGAAUGUCUACCUCAAAGACGAGCACGAGAAACUGAAAGCUGCCGUAGCCAACAACGGAGGGAACUCUAUGCUUAGGGCCGAUGAGAUACCAUUUCACAAUGGUCAACCAUCGUACGCCAGUAAUCCUCAUUUCUCGUAUGGAUCAUCGUCAAACUCCUCGAGAGUCCUCGAGGCACCAAGCGGAUCAGGGGAACCAUACGCUCGUGAACACAUGAACGUCUCCCAACCGCCACGGCCCCGACAACCGCUACAACUGCAGCAUAUCCGGCCGCUAACUCAAGCGGAGAAACUGAUGAUGUCUGAAAUGGCGAAACAAGCAGUGUCAGAGGUCAUGAAGCUGGCUAACCUCGAAGGACCGAUGUGGAUUAAUUCGUCUAUCGAUGGCAGAAUCGUGAUUGAUCAGGGCUACUACGAGAAGGAGUUCGCAAAGCCUAGCCAUUUGAAGAAUACAACAAGUGUUCGUGUUGAGUCUUCUAAGGAUGUCGUGCUGAUUCCAGUGGAUGCAAAAGACUUGGUCGACAUGUGCUUCGAUUUGGAGAAAUGGGCGAGAGUUUUUGCAACAAUCGUGAACGAAGCUAAAACGAUUCACGUGCUGGAGGAGGAGUCCAUAGACCUAGAAAGACCGGGCUUCUCGAAAAUGAUGUAUGAGCAACUGCACAUACUGUCGCCGUUGGUGCCACCGAGAGAGUUUGUGAUCCUAAGACGUUGCCAGCAAAUGGAAGAUAAUUCCUGGGUGAUUGCUGAUGUGUCUUAUCAUCUCCAAAACGUUGAGUUUGACUCUCCGACUUGCUCCAAACGUCCCUCCGGUUGUCUCAUCAAAGGCUUGCCCGAUGGUCGCUCUCAGGUGACGUGGAUAGAGCACGUGGAAGUGACUGAUACAGUGAAAACUCAUCGCCUUUACAAGGACCUCAUGUGCGGCGGCUCCGGCUAUGGAGCUCGCCGUUGGGUUGUUACUCUUGAGAGAAUGUGCGAGAGGAUCGCUAUCUCCUCCAGCCCUGACUUCCAAACCAUCGACAUCGGCGGAGUUGUGAAAACUCGAGAAGGAAGAAUGAGCGUCAUGACUUUAGGAGAGAGAAUGACGAAGAAUUUUGCAUGGGUGCUGAAAAUGUCUGGAAAACUCGAUUUCUCUCAACUGUCUGAAACCAGCAAUAGCGGAGUGAGGGUUUCGGUUAGGGCAAACACAGAGGCCGGUCAACCCCCCGGUCUCAUUGUCUGCGCCGGUUCAUCUUUAUCUCUCCCCCUCCCUCCUGUCCAAGUUUACAACUUGCUGAAAGAUGUCGACAUUCGUCACCAGUGGGACGUUCUUUGCCAUGGGAAUCCUGUCGCUGAGGUUGCUUGCCUCGUCACUGGAUCAGACCGCAGGAACUGUGUGAAUAUUCUCCAGCCUUCUUCAGGUGCUUCGGAGAAUGCUGAGAUGAUGAUAAUACAAGACAGUUACAUUGAUGCAUUGGGAGGUAUGAUGGUCUACGCUCCGGUGGAUCUCAACACUGCGUACGCGGCCAUUUCAGGCCAAGUCGAUCCUGACGGCAUUCCAAUCCUCCCUUCUGGUUUCAUCAUCUCCCGUGACAACCGUCCUUCCUCCGCCGAGCCCGACUGUGGCCCUGACCAUACCCUCCUCACUGUGGCUUUCCAGAUCCUCGUUCAUGGUCCGACGACUCACUCUGGAGAGCUCAACCUGGAGGUGUCUACAGCGACAGUCAAUACCCUGAUUAGCUCCACCGUUCAGAGGGUCAAAGCGAUGCUUAAUUGCAAUCAAUGA